GUUGUUUAUCGUGAUUGAGCACAACUUUUUUUUCCAGUCCGCCAUUUGGCAUCGCAGCGCGCCGCAACGUUUUGCGCGCUUUGUGGUUGCUUGUUUUUGACUACGUGGCGCGAUCUUUCGUGGGCAUUUUCGGGCACUUAGCUUCAACUCGGGUCACCAGAUGUGUUUCUUUUCCGCGCACAAAAAUUUUUGACACUUGAUUUUAGUCGCUGCGCUACUGGGUUGUAGCGGGCGGGUUGAUCUGCACAAGUUAGAAAGUCACUUUCCGAAUGAGUAUUCGUAGUCAGGAGCCGGCGCAUGUGUAUUCGUAAGCUCCGUCCUUUAAUGACCAGUAACCCCUAGUAGCCAUCGCCCACGCUAGCCAGAAGAUGACGAUGAUUCUCCAAUCGAGACUGGAAUGCGUUUCGUUAAAAUGAUACUUAUUGGGAGAAACUGUCUAGAAGCGCUGCAGGAGAAACGUUCUUUGCAUUUUGCACCAGGUGCCAGCUGUUGUUCAGUUCCGUAGAAUUCUUCGCCGGAUCAGUUUUGCCCCAGCUCCGCGUUCCCGUGUUGCAAAUGCAGGUCGAAGAGAAAUAGCAAUAGGUCCCGAAAUGGAGACACUAGAACCUUAGGGCAAAACAACACCGCUGUUCGAAUCAGAAUUGCAAAUGCUCUUCGUUCUACAAAUCGCACUCCAGUAGCGCGCAUUCGCUUGUUCCGUAGAUGUUUUGCCGGAAGACGACUUACUAGAGAGGGGGAGAGAAAUUUACUGCAUCGAAAAAAAGAGAAAAGUUCGUGCAGAUAUGAGACAGAGGAAUACCCCUGUGUUUCAGGAUGCUUUCUUAGAUAACUUUUAUGGACACGAAUCGGAAGAUGAGAGAGUCGGCGAAACAGAUAUCAGAGUUGAAGCAAAUUCAUGCCCUCUAGAGUAAGCACACCGGAAGGCGACGGGUCGUCUGCCCCGAAGCGGCGCAAGGUUUUGCAGUGGCGCGACUCGCAGUACCCACCUGAUGCCUUCGCGGAUACCGCCACGGGCAGUCUCGGUCCUCGGCAAGCGCGCUUGGACAGCAUUCUGCUUUCGAACAAACCUGGCAACCGAAGGAGAACCACCGACGGUGGCGUGAGGCCGGAAAAAGCCCCGAAGAAAGAACAGCACCGCGGGCAGGCAAGUGAAGGCGUUUCCGCCGGGUCCGCGCUCGGCCCGGCACCACCCCCUCAGGCAGAAUUAUCUUCGCGCGUGUCAGGACCGACGGAGUCGGAGUCGUCCGCCCCCUCUUCGCUGUUAUCCUCGUCUGUUCCCUCCUCGAGCGCACCAGCACCGACGCCACGCCAGCAAAAUGCCGUCGCUACCGCGAAGGCACCAGAGGCACUGCCUCAGCCUCUUGCUAGAGAUGGAAGCAGUUGUGGAGGUGGACACCACGCCAAAACCGACCACUGCGAGACCUACCCAGAAGUUGUUCCAGUUCUACAGAAGCCGCCCAGAAUUGCUCUGCGAAGGUUGCCGUUCGCAGUCGACGUGGAGGGCAAGAAGAACGCAGCAAAGCAAGCUGCCGCGCCUCCACUUCUUGUCCGGAAGGGUGAAGGUGUCUCGACGGAGGGGAAAAGGCAACCGAUGGGGGCAGAUCCAGCAAGUUCCAGUUCUGGAAUGAUCUGUACUGCGACGUCGAGCAGUGCUGCUACUGCAGUGGCCCCCGCCCCUGUAAAAAUAUCAACUGCUCAUUCUGCGAAGAAGAAGCCAGGGCCUCGUCGUAAAAAGGCCCCGACAUCUUCUUCACUGGAUGGUCACGCAAAUAAGUCACAGGCCGUUGACGCGCUCGUGCAGCAGCUUUACGACAAGUCGAACACACUGAAACUGAGCCUGAAGUGGGAACCUUUCGCCUGCAUUUAUGCGGGAAUCAAACGAAAGGAAUACCGGGACGUGUCGAGCUUCAUGGAAUCCCGGCUGUUUGCGGACGCGAAAGAAAAAGUGGGGCGGCGCAGGUAUGACUUUGUGGAGUUUCUGAAUGGACGCAACUCUACCGCGCCGUUCAUGAAGCUGGAGUACAGGGGUUUCGAGAAGAAAACCGUGGCCCUUCCGCACACCUACGACGACCGAGCGACGAACGGCAAGGCGUGCGUGACGAUCCCUCCGGGCACGUUUUACGUAAUCCACUUAGGUGAUUUGCUCGAAACGAGGAAUGUCCCGCUCGAGAAGUUAGACGAUGUCUUGCUCGCGACUCUAGAUCCAGGCACGAAGCAGGAACUCUUGGCCAAGGAACCCUAGCGACAAUAAUUGUUUAUGGUGUGCGAAUCUCCUAAAGCAUCCGAUUUUUCUCAUGAU